AUGGACUUCUGGAGAUUCCACAUUUUCGAGUUCGUGGUUCAACAGUCCCUUUUUGAUAACCUCAUUGCCUUUGAGCAGUGUCGUUUUGAUGCUGAUUGCAUCUGUGACUAUCUAUUUGUCAUGGAUCUUCUCAUUCAAACUCGAAAUGAUGUGGAAUUACUUGUUCGGGAUGGAAUCAUCGAAAGUAAGCAACGUCUCGACAGCAUAGGGGUGGUGACUUUCAUUAAGCAACUCAUCCCAGCAACAAUCAUGCGUAGUAAAUAUUUCUAUUUUAAAGAUGUUUGUGAAGCCUUGAAUGCUUACUGCAAUGUCCUUUGGAAUAAGUGGAAGGUAACUUUGAGGGAAGAUUACUUCAGUUCUCCAUGGGCUGUCCUUUCUUCGACCGCAGCUGCUGCACUUCUCUUACUAUCAUUCAAACAGCGUACGUGUUCAAUCAUUUCUCUUUAG